UAUCCGUCUGAAAACGACGUGUGAGUUCAGAGUUUCAAUCAUAUUCAAAGUUCAUAAUUAAUGGUGGCUAAACAUGGUCAAGCUAAGCAUGCUAACGUAUCAAACUAUAAGAGAGUAAGAGUUUACAAAAAGAAAAUGAGUGAGCACGAAGAAGAACGAUCACUCCCUGUUCCACUUAAUUAAUCUUUUUAGAGUCAUGGAAAUAUCAAAAGAGAGGCAGAGUUCGGUAUCGGGAGAAGUCGAAAUUGAUGAUUUGAAAAGUCGGAUUUUGACGGAGUCUAGGCAGAUAUGGAGAAUUGCAUUCCCCGGAAUUGUGGUCGGAGUCACUUCUUUUGGGAUGAUUGUAGUCACUCAAUUGUUCAUCGGGCAUAUCACUGAAGUACAUCUUGCUGCCUAUGCUCUUGUGCAGACCAUUUUAAUCCGACUCGUAGACGGAAUUCUGGUUGGCAUGUCGAGCGCUACGGAGACGUUAUGCGGACAAGCAUUCGGGGCGGGACAAUACCACAUGAUGGGAAUUUACUUACAAAGAUCAUGGCUCGUUGAAGUCGCUCUCGGAACAAUAAUACUUCCUCUUUUUAUCUGCACCACACAAAUUCUGAAACUAAUCGGUCAGGAUCCAGACAUCGCAAACGUAGCUGGAAGAAUCGCGUUAUGGUUCAUCCCGAUCGUCUACAGUUUCGUAUUUAUCCUGACAAUGCAAAAAUACUUACAAGCCCAAAUGAAAAACCAGAUUGUUGGUUGGAUUUCUGCUGUCUCAUUUGCAAUUCAUGUGCCUCUGUCUUGGGUUCUUGUGUCCAAACUAAAAUUGGGUGUUUCUGCUGCAAUGGGUGCACUAAAUUUAUCUAAUUGGUUAACAGCUUUAGGACUAUUUGCCUAUGUUUUAGGGGGUGGGUGCCCUAAAACAUGGAAGGGGUUUACAUUUGCUGCAUUUAAGGACAUUUUGCCUAUUGUCAAGCUCUCAAUUUCAUCUGGCAUAAUGAUAUGCUUAGAAAUGUGGUACAUGUCUAUUCUUGUCCUGUUAGCUGGAUAUAUGAAGAAUGCCACUGUUGCAAUUUCAGCUUUUUCCAUUUGCCUCAAUAUUAGUGGAUGGCAAAUCAUGAUCUGCUUUGGAUUUCUUGGAGCUGCAUGCGUUCGAGUAUCAAAUGAACUGGGAGCCGGAAAUGCGAAAGCUACAAAAUUCUCAAUUAAAGUCAUCCUCUGCACUUCAAUGAGUAUUGGAGUGAUAUCCUCUAUUUUAUGCCUAAUCUUCAGCAGAAAAAUUUCUUACCUAUUCACUGAUAGUAAACAAGUUGCCGAUAGUGUAUCGGACCUCUCUGUGCUACUUGCUAUCUCAUUGUUAUUCAACAGCAUUCAGCCCGUACUCACCGGAGUAGCUGUGGGUGCUGGUUUACAAAGUAAGGUUGCAUAUCUAAACUUGGCUUGCUAUUAUGGGAUUGGUAUACCUCUAGGAGCCCUGCUUGGCUAUGUAGCUCAUCUUAAAAUUAAGGGUUUGUGGAUUGGAAUGCUUAUAGGAGAAGCAUUGCAAACACUUGUAUUAUCAUUUCUUAUAUGGAAGACUGAUUGGGACGUUCAGGUAAUUAAAGCAUCAAAUCGUCUUGAUCGUUUGUUUGUAGAUCCAUCAAAAGAAUCCAAUGAGGAUAAAAUCUCCGGUACUAAUGCAUGAUCGCGAUGUUAACUCAAUUCAAAAAGUAACUCUCACUUGAGCAAUUAAUCGCAAUUUUAUUUUAUUCCGACAGCUUCUUCAAGAAUCUUGGGUAUACUUUUCAAAAUUGAAAAUAACCAAAUCAAGAUGUUGUUUAAGUUAUUGAACAAUGUAACUUUAUUUGAUUAAGCCAGUAAAUGCAGCUUUUAACA